AAAGUAUAGCAUUGAUCAAAUCGUGUGGUUGUGGUAACCUCACAGAUAUUUUAUAUUUUCAUGAAUCUGUGGGCAAAAUCAUAGACGUAUUAUCAAUUAUUAAAAAAUUGGUAAAUACUUAAUAGAUACUAUACACAUUUAUCAAAAAACUUGGAAGUUGGAGUUUUUGGAAGCCACUAAGCCAGAAGGUUAAAUGUCAUAUUUUUAAUUCGUCGGUCGUUAGUCCACUUAGUCCUCACUCAUAAUGAUAUUAUGAUAUCAUGAUUGAUUUCUUUACAAUAUUACAAAUAAUGCAAAUAUCAUAAUCUGUAAUUAAUACCAAUAACUAUCAAUUGGUUGGAGUGGUGAAUGAGGAAGUCUCCGCCUUGGAAUAAUAAUUGAAUGAUUAGAAGGUGACGUUUCUAAUUCCUUUUGUUUUUGUCUGAAAAAAUGGCUCUUGGACAUUCAGAACCGCAGUAUGAAUUGUUAAAUGGAAAAAAGAAAUAUGUUCAGCCAAUCAUACAUUUUAUGGUAUUAAUUGGGUUAGCUGUACUCGUUGUGUUUGUAGUAGUUCUGAUGUUCUAUGUAUCCUGGAUGAAAUUUGAAGACUCUAAUGAACAAAAUACACCUAUGGAUUUUGUUGUUUUCGGUCCGCAGAAAUAUACAAAUUCAUAUAUGACUGCAUAUCGUGCUCAUACGUUUGCUAUUGCUGCAAAAUCAAACUAUAAAACAUACUGGACAGCUAAGGACAAAAUUAAUCUCAACAAACGAGUUGAAAAGACAUAUCAUUUGGCUUGUUAUUAUUCUAUACCAAUUGAUAAUACAAAUAACACUCUUCAUCCGGCUCAAAUUAACGCUACAUUAUGUACCCAUUUAAUUGUAGCAUUUGCACAAGUUCAAAAUAACAGUGUUUACUUCAAGAGCUCAUUCGAUAUGCAGAUUUUAAGACAAGUAGUGAAAUUACGUGAAAAAAACCCAAAGUUAAAAGUAUUACUAUCUAUAGUACAUUUCUCAAAUGGUUCACACUCAAAUGAAGGAUUUCCUGGUGUUGUUGCAAAUAAAGAUAACUUGGACAAAUUUGUCAAUAACGUGGUAUCAGUUGUCAAUGAUUUUUACCUAGAUGGUAUUGAUAUAGAUUGGGAAUUUCCAUCAUGGCCUUUGUUAAAUUUACAAGAAAAAUAUGGAUUUGCUAAGUUGUUAGAAACUUUACGUUAUCGUCUACCAGACUCUCUUUUAACUGCUGCUGUUGCUGCUCCAUUAAAUAUAAUUGAUAAUUCUUAUGAAAUUUAUUCUUUAGCAAGUUUUGUUGACUUUAUAAAUGUUAUGGCUUAUGAUUAUCAUUCAUACCAAUGGUAUUUCCCAUUAACUGGACCAAAUUCACCUUUGUUUUCUUCGCGAAAUGAAACUGGAUACUUCCAGGAAUUAAAUAUUAAUUCUUCUAUACAAUAUUGGAUCUCAAAAGGUAUGCCUAAAGAAAAGAUUUUGCUUGGCAUGCCUACUUAUGGACAUUCUUUUAAAUUAAUAAAUGAAGCCAAUAAUGGUUUUAAUUCGCCAACUUCUGGUCCUGGUAUUGGCAAGGAUGGUUUUAUAACAUUUUCAGAAACAUGCAAGUUUAAAUCUCAUCAAAACGCUAUGACUAUUUUUGACCAUGACACCCGUACUCCAUAUUCAUAUCAUAAAAGUGAUUGGAUAUCUUAUGAUAAUGAAAAUAGUUUAGCAUACAAAGCAGAAUUUGCUGCUAGUUUAGGUUUAGGAGGAGCCAUGGUAUUUUCUUUAAAUACUGAUGAUUAUAGUGGUUCCAGUCUAUGUUCGUCAUCAGUAUUUCCAUUAACUUCUAGAGUAAAAAUAGUACUUAAUGAUGACGACUUAUAAUGUAGAAAAUAUUUAAAUAAAUACUUAAUAGUGAAAAAAAUUCUAAUUUUUUAAUUUUCAAACCCAAUAGUUUCUAUAAAAUAUUAUAUAUAUAAUAGUUUAUAAUAUAUAUUUAAAAUAGUGUUAUUUUAUUUUGAAAAUUAGGGUUGAUAAGCUCACUCAAGCCUCCCCUUCCAAAUUGUGUCUUUAGACAACAUAAUUAACUAGUAUUACAUAAUGAAAUACUAAAAUUAACAAACAUCACUAAAUUAACUCCUAUUUGUUAGUUUUAUUAUAACAAUUCUAUGUAUACAUGUUUUUAUUAAUUUAAUAAAAACAUUAAGCAAAGAAUAACAAAAAAUAUUUUUGACAUUUUUAUCGUUAUAAAUUUGAUCUUGUUAUAUAUUUAUCUAAAUGAUACUUAUUAUUAACAGGGGUGUUCCCAUAGGAUAUACUACAUAUACGCCUUUACUCUCAAGAUUUUUUUUCAAUAUUAUGAGUAUACUGCGUAUGCUCUCAAUCUCAAUUUUUUUCCAUAUUAUUGACAUGUUUACCAGCUUUACUCAUAUAGACCAGUGGUUCCCAAUUAUCAUUGAGCCACAGACCCCUAGCUAAAACUUAAAUUGGACGCAGACCCCUUAUUUGUGACUUGCUUUUCAAUUUUAUUUAAUUAUAUCAUUAAUUGUCUACCUAUUUUGCGAUAAUCGAGUUUAUCUAUCUAUAUAUUUAUUUAUAAUACCUGGAAUUUCAAACCACUAUGUGUUUAAUAAUUCCACUAAAAUAAAAUAAAAAUAUCACUUCAGUACUACAUAACCACGGACCCCUAACAUCAAUAUGCGGACCACCAAUUGGGAACCACUGAUAUAGACCAUAAGAAAAAUAUUCUUAUUGUAUUAAAUGUUUAUAUUUUAUGAUAUAGUAUACUCUUAAGAUAAUUAACGGGAACACCACUGAUUAUUAAUAAUUAAAAGAGUAUAAUUGUAUUUUAAUCAAGGAUAAAACUUCAAGGGAGAAACAUUUAAAUUAUAUAGGAUAUAACAACUAUUCUUCAUUAAACUUUUACACAUUAGAAUAAGCAAAGAUAAAAACUUAAAUGGAAUGAAUAAACUCUCAUAAUCUAUCAUAUAAAUACAUGCCAUUUAUAUAAACAGAAAGGUGCAUUUUUGAAAGAGACACAGUAUAUUACAAUUUUAAACUAUUUUUUAAUAAAUAUUUUUAAUUUAAUUUUAAUUUUCCCAAAUUAUUUGAACUGUUUAAUAACAUUUAUUAUUCCACCAAUCAUUCAAAUUUAAACAUUAAGAUAAGAAUGUGAAGUGUCCGAUUUUUUAACAAUAUAAUCAUUAAGUAUUUAAGAAAAUUCCAUAGUUGCAUGUGUUGUUUUUCUUACAAAUGUAUAACAUAAAAAUUUUACAUACACAAUCUUAAUUUAUUAUAAUAAUAUGAGAUAAUUUCUCUGACUUGCUUUAUCUGAAGUUUUUUUGAAUUGAUUUGUGUGAUUUUUUUUAAUGUAAGUGCUCUAUGUGUUGAUAAGUCAUUUAAUGAAAAAACUUCCAAAAAUCAAUUUUAAAUCAAAGAGUUGUUUAAACUAUUCAUUUUUUAUGUAACUACACAUUAACAUGUGUUGUUUGCUGUAUUCAUGCAAACGUGAUCAUAACUCUCACUAUUUCUACUGCGUCAUCGUCAUCUGCAUGGGUUUCUAUUGAAAACUGAAAUUAUUUGUAAUUGUAUUUGUUUGUUAAUAUUUUUGGAUGAAAUAUUUGCUGUGUUCACAAUAUCUAUAAGUAUUAGUAAAACUAUAAAACUCGAAUCACUUUCCAUUUUAUAUGAUUUCUGAACACUUAAUAUUUAUUAUUAUAACUAUUAAUUUUUAAUAUAUUUUUUUAUUAUCAAUUUCUUUUUUUUUUGCUAUAAUCUAGCAUUGACUGGUAAUUCAACUACUAUUCCAUUUUACACUAUUAUUAUUAAAAUUUGAACGAAUUGACCUAUAAGUAUUAUACAAUUUAAUGGUAUUAUCUAGGGCAUGUUGGAAGCUUCUUUAUACUUUAAUUUUGAAGCAGAUUAUGAUAAUUUUAAAAUUUGCAAACAACUUACAGUUUUAAAAUACUCAUAACUUGCUCAUUAUUAAAAAUCAAUAUAAACUUCUAAAAUUACUUAAAUUAUAAUCUUAUCUUUAAAUUUUAUGAUAGGUUAAUUCACUCUGAUUUUUUACAGAAUUACAAAUUAAAAUGAAUUUUGUGAAUGAAAAAUUUUAAUGUUGUAUGUCUGUAAGAUACUAAGAUCUCAUGUAUUGGUGUGGCGUUCUUUUUUUAAACAGUUUUAAAUUAUUUUGUUAUUUAUUUAUAUAUCUUUUUCCAUUCAUUUGUGUAAUAUUGGUUAAGUUGGGUUAUUAAUUUAUCAUGUAUGAUAUA